GCCACAUCCUGCUAAAAUGAACUGCAGUAUACCAGUGUGUGCUACAGUAGAUAUACAACCUUUUACGCCGAUUCCAUCUCCUAAUGACGGAUUCAGUGCUAGGCUAGACGAUGAACAAGAAUGUCUCCUAACACAGGUCUUAAAUGUGGGAGACAAACUUAUAGUGGUAGACAAUGAAAACAAAAGACUCAAAAGAUUUAGGAUCCGCUCCCGGACUUUUGUGGAUCAGCUUCUUUUGGAUGACCCUUGUGGAGCAUCUGUACUUCCCCUUUCGAGUCAUGUGAUAGUUACAGAACCAGAAUUUAGAAUUUUGUCUUUCAUCAGUAUGGAUGGAGUUAUGACGUUAAGUUCGCGACGGAAGACGGAGAAGAAGUAUCAGCCCAUUUGUUGUGUGGAUGAAGAAAGACUUGUAGUCGGAUGUUGUGAGUUAGGAGAAAGUUCUGUGGACAUUCUCAAUUACAUGGGAGUAGUUUUGGUAACUGUAAGUUCUUGUUUGAAUAAUUCUAUAGUAUUUCGAACACCCGCUAGUCUGACCUAUUUAAAGGGUGAUUGUAUCAUGGUGUCAGAUUCAGGACUCUGUAAAGUGGUGGGUAUAGGACUGACGGGGCAUCUUAAGUUUGUCUUCGAUCCCAAAUGUAUACCAAGUGGAAUAUCAGCUGAUAAAGACAACAAUAUCUUCCUGUGUUGUUAUGACAAGAAAACUAUCCAGAGUCUAAAAUUUGAAAAUAACCGGUUAUAUCCAACUUGUUCCGACUUUACUGUGAAAUGUCCCUUAUCUGUGACUUCAGCCAAGAACAGUCUUUAUGUAACAGAGGAGAUGCCUAACGAUAAAGUUUCAAUAAUAAAGGUCACAGAUGAAGAAAACAGAAUAGAUGAUGAAGAAAAUCCAGUACAUUUGUCGAAUAUACAUCUGACGGUUCUGAAACACGACGAUGACCUCACAGAAUGACGGGGCACUGUUUUCACAAACAAGACCCUACAUUUUUUUUUAAAUUUCUGUAAGGAUCAAAUUUAAUUCAGAUCGAUUCACUAUCGAGGUAUUCGGAAAAAGAGAAUUUACUGUCCUUAAACUUUAUU